UGAACACUCUACACUGCACUGCAAGUUGGCUACUUGCCUCCUUAACUCUUCACUGUGAUUCUUCUCCAUCUCUGCCGCCUCUUUACGCUUUCCUUGUACGGACUACAUCCCUCCUCCAUGGCAGACAAUGAAGGUUAUUCAAAUGGCAGGCACCCGAACCCUGUUAUGAAGCGCAAACAGAUGAACUUUUGGAUCCUAUUGGCUCUUAAUGUGAUUUUUCUUGUUGUGGGUCAGGCAGCUGCUAUUAUUCUUGGAAGAAUUUACUAUGAUAAUGGUGGAAAUAGUAAAUGGAUGGCCACUCUUGUUCAAACAGCUGGUUUCCCUGUUCUUUUCAUUCCUUAUUUUCUUAUUCCAUCUCCCAAAGAACACACAGAUUCACCAAACCAGCCUCCGCCUUCGCCUUCUAUCAUCAAAGUUACCGUAAUCUAUGUCUUGCUUGGGGUCAUAAUUGCCGGGGAUAACAUGCUAUAUUCCGUAGCACUGUUGUACCUCUCAGCCUCGACCUAUUCCCUCAUAUGUGCAACGCAGCUAGUCUUUAAUGCAAUUUUUUCUUUCUUCAUUAACAGUCAAAAGUUUACAGCAUUGAUUUUCAACUCUGUGAUUGCCCUUACAUUAGCUGCUUCUCUGCUUGCGAUCAACGAGGACUCUGAUAAGCCUCCAGGUGUCACUACGAGGAAAUAUAUAUUUGGAAUUAUAGCUGCUAUUGUAGCUUCUGGACUGUACUCGCUCAUACUUUCACUGAUGCAGCUUUCAUUUCAGAAAGUCAUAAAGAAAGAAACGUUUUCUGUGGUUUUGGAAAUGCAAAUAUUUACAUCACUCGUGGCCUCGGGUGUCUCCACCAUUGGACUGUUUGCAAGCGGGGAAUGGAGGACUCUGUCGGGAGAAAUGCAGGGUUUCGCUACAGGCAAAGCAGCCUAUGUGCAGGUAUUGGUAUGGACAGCAGUGGGAUGGCAGGUUUGUGCUGUUGGCGUCGUUGGUUUAAUAUUUGUGGUGUCGUCGCUAUUCUCCAAUGUUAUCAGCACACUCUCUUUGGCGGUUACUCCCAUCGCCUCGGUGAUCAUCUUGCACGACAAGAUGAAUGGUGUCAAGAUGAUUGCCUUGCUAAUGGCAAUUUGGGGUUUUGGAAAUUACAUAUAUCAGAACUACCUGGAUGAUCUCAAGGCAAGAAGAACACAUUUUGCUUCUAUUCAUACUCCUAAUGUUUCUUCUUGUUAGUCAUCUUUGUUUAGGUCAAGCAAUAUAAAGUUACUGCAUAGAAACUCAUUGGUAUCAUCAAGCUUCCUGUUUUGUUGAAUAUUUGAAAUAUAUACAAUUUAUACAUGCUUAAUUGACUGGAAA